AUGUAUCCAAUCCCAGCGUCUCAAAGCCCCCCAAUGUCACAAUCAACUAUAAACUAUCAACAUAAACCUACUUCAAGCUACGCUAGCGUGACGUCAUCAACAUGUUUUCCCAAGAAAGAUCAGGCCAUCGUAUUGGAUUCGAUUGAUGGAAUAACACUCAGGGAGUACAUUAUUGCUUUAUCAUCAAUUAUACCAGCGACUUGUAUUCGAUUUAUAUCUCGUAUUUCCAAUGCACGUAUUUGUAUAUACCUUGACACUAAAAAGACUGCAGAUAAAUUGUUAGACGAAAAUAAAAAGAUUAAUAUUAAAGAACAUAUACUAGAAAUAAAACCAUUGAUUACUAGAAAUAAAAGAAUUGUUUUAUCAAACGUAUGUCCCGUGAUUCCCAAUUAUGUGAUCGAACAAAAAUUUCAUGAAUUAAAUAUACAAAUAAUGUCCCCUAUAACAUUCAUGAAAAUAGGAGUGACAGAUCCAGGUUUUUCUCAUAUAUUAAGUUUUAGAAGACAGUUAUAUGUUAGCCCAGAAGAUAAUACACGUCUACCAGAAUCAUUCCAAUUGACAUUUGAAGGGACAAAUUACUGGAUUUACGUAUCAACUGAUGCCUUAAAAUGUUUUACAUGCAAUACUGAGGGUCAUUUAUCUAAAAAUUGUCCACAAAAUACCACAACUUCCCAAUCCUACCAACAACAAUCAGAAAGCCAAACAACACAAGAAAUAAAAAAAAUUUUUGAAAGAAAUGAUGACACUAUAAUAACAGAACCAGUAAUUAAUAUCCAGAACACAUACGAAUUUAUAACACCGUCUCAAACAAAUUUAAAAGGAAAGAAGCGACUUCAUUCACCGACCACCAGUAACUCAUCAAACGUAGAAGUAAUAAAACAGUGUGCACAAAAAGACCAUCAUGUAUCACUCGAUAUCGACACUGAUGAAUCCAGUAGUAAUGUAUCACAAGAUGACAUGGAAAUAAAGAUUAAAACUAAAAAGAAAUUAAAGAAAAUCGACCCUAGGACAGAAGAAGAAGUUUGGAAUGAAAUAAGAGACAGUAUAACAGAAUUAAGUAACGAAGAAAUAUUACCUAUUAGUUUAGACCAAUUUAUUAGUUUACUAGAUAAUUCAAGAGGAAAACAAAAUAUAAAAGAACUAGUUUAUUCAUACACAGAAAAUAUUAAAGAUCUUAUUAUAAUGUGUAAUACACUUCACAGUAAAAUGAACAAAAGUUUGAAAAAAAGAUGUUCACGAUUAUCUAGAAAGCUACAUGAAUUAUUAAACCACAAUUCUAUUGUCACAUCAGAGACAGAUAAAUAA